AGAAGUCUAGUAACAUGUUUGUCCAAUGACAGUUCUGUCUGUAAAUGUACAAUCAUGUACACCUCUUAUUGUGUUAUCCAAUUUUUUGGGCAAAGCAUGCAUCUCAUCAAAUUCGACCAAACUCAGUAUGACAACACAGUUACCAACCUGCUACCAACCUGUUACCGUCCUUCCCUCUACAGACAGACACCCUCACCUCACCUCAAACCUCCUCACAGGUGCCCCAUUCUCCUUACCCCCUCAUUCCCUCUGUCCCCAAUUCCACCAUGCCCAGUAUAUCUGUCUCCCUCUCCCUAAAACCCAUGAGUUCCCUCUCCUCCUUCCUCUCCUCUCUGUCUUCUCUUCCCCACACCGUCAGAGACACUGAGGUCCCCCUUCUCUUCCGUGAGCCCUACAUCCUGUCUGGCUACCGGCCCGUGGGCCAUUCUUGGAGCUUCUACUUCCUCAGCCUCUUCCAGAUACACAAUGAGACAAUCAACGUGUGGAGCCACUUGCUGGCCGGAGUCUGCGUUGCGCUGAGGUUCUCUGUGUUUGCUGUGAUGUACGGGCUGGGUCUUUACCUGGACCUGGCCUGUCUACCGCUGGUCUACUACGUCCUGUCUCUUCUGACCUACUUGUGCUGCAGCGCAACAGCCCACCUGCUCCAGUCCCACUCCGAGCUGGCCCACUAUGCCCUAUUCUUCCUGGACUAUGUGGGAGUGGCUGUGUACCAGUAUGGCUGUGCCCUGGCUCUAUACUUCUACAGCUCUGAUCCCGCAUGGAGACGCAGUCGAGUAGGAGAGGUGUUCCUCCCUGCAGCAGCUCUCCUGGCUUGGUUGUCCUGUGCCUGCUGCUGCUUUGCCAAACUCAGUUACCUCCACCCAUACCCACUCCAUCGUAAGCUGUGCCAGGUCGUGCCAACCGGUCUGGCGUACCUGCUAGACAGCAGUCCUGUGGCACAUAGACUGGUCAGCAGGACCUGGGGAGACGACCCUGCUAUGACCCUACACGCAAUACAGGUGUUGCUGUUCCUCCUGGCAGCGUUCUUCUUCUCCUGUCCCAUGCCUGAGCGUUUCUUUCCUGGGCACUGUGACAUAAUCGGCCACGGGCACCAGCUCUUCCACUUCCUGCUCUCCCUCUGCACGCUGACCCAACAGGAAGCUGUGUUUGAGGACUUCAUGUCCCGGCGGGCGUCCCUGACGAGGGAGUAUGGGGAGUGCCGCCUACUGGUGGCAGCCGUGUCAUUUCCUGCCCUGGUGUUCUGUAGCGUGCUGACAGCUGUGCUCAUGAGGAGAUUGGUGGAGAGGAGGCUGAGGAAGGAGGACAGUUGGGGGGAGGAGGUAGAGAGAGGAUAGAGAGUGGGAGAAAGAGAGAUCUGGUGUGAGGUAGAACAAAGGGGAAGAGAGGGUAAAAGGGGAAGGAGAGAGAGAUUUGGGGAUUGUAAGAUGAAUUCUUAUACAUUAUAAGGCCUUCAUCCGAUGACUUGAUAUCUAGCUUUUAUGGUCACUUAUUUGUUUUGAACAUAAUUCACUGGUGAUCAUAGGCUUAUGUAUGUUGUUGUCUCAUUUGUAGUGUGCAUCUUUGGCCAUAGGGAGGCAGUGUCUACUGUAAUUACUAUCUACUGCACGGAGAGUUGUGAUUUGUGAAGCAAAAAUGAACACUUUUACUCCAAGCACAUUCAUGCUGUGAUUAUGUUCCUAUUGAGAAGCAUUUAACAAUUUCACGCUGUUUAGGUUCAUGUUGUUUAGGUUCACGCUGUUUAGGUUCACGCUGUUUAGGUUCACGCUGUUUAGGUUCACACUGUUUAGGUUCACACUGUUUAGGUUCACACUGUUUAGGUUCAUGUUGUUUAGGUUCACUCUGUUUAGGUUCACGCUGUUUAGGUUCACGCUGUUUAGGUUCAUGUUGUUUAGGUUCACGUUGUUUAGGUUCACUCUGUUUAGGUUCAUGUUGUUUAGGUUCACGCUGUUUAGGUUCACGUUGUUUAGGUUCACUCUGUUUAGGUUCAUGUUGUUUAGGUUCACACUGUUUAGGUUCACUCUGUUUAGGUUCACGUUGUUUAGGUUCACACUGUUUAGGUUCACGUUGUUUAGGUUCACUCUGUUUAGGUUCACGUUGUUUAGGUUCACACUGUUUAGGUUCACGUUGUUUAGGUUCACUCUGUUUAGGUUCACGUUGUUUAGGUUCACACUGUUUAGGUUCACGUUGUUUAGGUUCACUCUGUUUAGGUUCACGUUGUUUAGGUUCACACUGUUUAGGUUCAUGUUGUUUAGGUUCACUCUGUUUAGGUUCAUGUUGUUUAGGUUCACACUGUUUAGGUUCACUCUGUUUAGGUUCACGUUGUUUAGGUUCACACUGUUUAGGUUCACUCUGUUUAGGUUCACGUUGUUUAGGUUCACACUGUUUAGGUUCACUCUGUUUAGGUUCACGUUGUUUAGGUUCACACUGUUUAGGUUCACUCUGUUUAGGUUCACGUUGUUUAGGUUCACACUGUUUAGGUUCACUCUGUUUAGGUUCACUCUGUUUAGGUUCACUCUGUUUAGGUUCACUCUGUUUAGGUUCACUCUGUUUAGGUUCACGUUGUUUAGGUUCACACUGUUUAGGUUCACACUGUUUAGGUUCACGCUGUUUAGGUUCACACUGUUUAGGUUCACUCUGUUUCAAACAUAAUUUUUCAAACAAUAAACUAAACUUUCUGA